CACCAGGAAGUAGAUGUAAAUGUGUUGUGGUUUUCCUGUGUUGUGAUAUAAGAGUGGGCGUAGCAGAAGUAGUAGUUCAGCCCAUGGCGGGCGGAGACUUGUUCCUGCUUAACCACUUUGACAACGUCUUAAACCAAAAACCUGUGUUUUGAAUGGAGCUGCGGUGUUACCUGUUGGACCAAUGGACCCUAAGGGGCUGAUAUUCACUGACAAUGAAGGACUAUGAGGAGUGCAUAGCCUUUUUGGGCCAAUGGGGUUGCUUUCAGUUCGUGAUAUUCUUCCUCCUUUGUGCCAGUAUAAUGCCCAAUGGAUUUGGGGCAUUCACUUUAGUGUUUUUAACAGAUGUACCUCCGCAUCACUGCAUUGUUCCCGGAGCUAAUCUGACAGAGGAGUGGCAAAAAGCAGCCAUUCCUAUAGAGGUGGUGAAUGGUGUGGAGGAGAAGAGUCGCUGCAGCAGGUACAGGCUGGAUGUGGUCAUGGAUCUGUGGGCUCAGGGCUCUGCUCCUGGAGACGUGAACCUCACCCAGCUGCAGCAGGAGCCCUGUGUGGACGGCUGGAGCUACAGCAAAGACAUCUACCAGUCCACUUUAGUCACUGAGUUUGACCUGGUCUGCCAUGACGAGUGGAAGCAGCCUUUCACAGCAUCAGUUUUCUACGCUGGAGUCACAUGUGGAUCUUUAUUCUCAGGGGAACUCUCAGACAAAUUUGGCAGGAAACCAAUCCUUUUUGCAACUAUGGCAGUGCAGACGCUUUUCACUUUCUUCCAAGUGUUUGCAGACUCUUGGAUUUUGUUCACUGUUCUUCUGUUUUUUAACGGAUUGGGCCAGAUGUCCAAUUUUGUUGCUGCUUUGGUGCUUGGUGCAGAGAUCUUGACCGGUCACGCUCGAGUCAUGUAUUCAUCGCUCGCCACUAAUUCUGCCUUUGCACUGGGGUACAUGAUGUUGCCUUUAUUUGCCUACUUUCUGCGGGACUGGAGAGGGCUGCUGCUGGGCCUCGCUGUCCCGGGGUUAGCCUACAUCCCAAUGUGGUGGUUAAUUCCGGAGUCUCCUCGCUGGCUGCUCUUUCAAGGAAAAGUGAAAGAGGCUGAGGCCAUUAUAAAAAAAGCAGCUCGAUGGAACAAAAUCCCAGUGCCACAAAACACCUUUGACCAGUUUGUUGUGCCAGAGAAGGAACAAGAAAAAGCAAAGAAAAACUACAGCGUGUUAGACCUGUUUAAAACCAGCACCAUCCGGAUCACAACGUUAAACCUCUUCUUUAUAUGGUUCAUCAUGUUCUUGGCCUAUUAUGGGCUGAACCUGAACACUUCGCAGCUCCACCCAAACCCAUAUUUGAGCUGUUUUAUUUCAGCUCUAGUGGAGAUCCCUGCUUACACCUGCAGCUGGCUCAUCCUCAGGAAAUUCCCCCGCCGAGCCUCCAUCAUUGCUGCCUUGUGUGUGGGAGCAGCUCCACUCUACUUUAUACAACUGGUGCCUAAAGAUAUGCCGACUCUGGCCUUGAUUGUCGAGAUGACGGCCAAAUUCUCGUUCACGGCCGGAACCUGCUUCAUGUUCACCUACACGUCGGAGCUGUACCCCACACCCCUCCGGAACACAGCCACUGGAACCUGCUCUAUGAUGUCCCGGAUCGGCAGCUGCGUCGCCCCGUUUAUACUAAAACUCAGUGUUUUCUUAAAGUUCCUGCCUCAUAUCACAAUAGCAUCACUGGCUCUGUUUGCCGCCUCGUUCAGUGUCUUUAUUCCGGAGAGUUUUGGACAUCCAUUACCUGAAACUAUGGAGCAGAUGGCAACAAGAGAAAGGAUACAUUGCCCCUGCCAAAGAAAGAAGGAACCCAUUAGGACUAUGGUACCAGCUGAAGAUCCCUUGUAAAUAAUAAUAAUAAUAAUAAUGCAUUAGUCUUAUACAGCACUUUUCUGGACACUCAAAGUCGUUUUAAGUUUGGUGCAUUAUUCAUUCACUCCACACUCUCCAACACUCACACGCACACCUCUUUCACACUAGACAAUGUGGGUGAAGUGUCUUGCCUAAGGACACAUUGACAGUUUUCGCCACUUGCGCCCCACAUCGGCUUCUGGAAUUCCCAGUGGUCUCCCAUCCAAGCACUACCCAGCCCGACGAGAUCAGGCUUUGACAAGGAGGAGUGGCCACAACCCAAGUGACGUAUUUGACUUUACAGUUACAGUAACGGUUACGCUGGCAAAGUUUAUGAGCUACAUUGUCAAAAGAGAUCACUAACACUGUCUACGUAGAUUAUACGUUUUGCCCUAUGUAUUAGGCCUGUUGGUACUUAAAUGUGAAAAUGACAUAACGCUGCUUUCAUUUUGUUCUAAGGUCCUUGUGCGGCCUAAAAGUACAGCAGACAGAACAUCCAUUUCAUGACAUGACAAUUUGAAUCUUUCAUUGAGGAAAUUGGGCCAGAUUUUGGUCACUUUAAAGGAGAGACAAUCAGAUCAAGACAAAAAAAAACAAAAAAAACAAUUAAAAUAAUAAUAACGGAAAAUGCCAAAAUUAUAAAUAGUAACAAUUCGUCGCCAAGGUUAUGUAAAGACUUUAUAAUGAAUUGUGAUAGACAUAACUUUGGAUAAGGCACUGCAAGCUUGUGUGUGAGUGUGUGUGAAACCUGUGUGAGUUGAACUUGAGUGUUCAGUCUACUGCAAAAAAAAAAAAAAAAAAAAAUCUUGGAAUGUAAAAGCUUGGAUUUGGUUGACAGACGUCUCAUUUUGUGGCAAUUAUUAUUUUCAGAUAACAAUUUAAUUCAAAUUGGUUGUCUUUUAAAAAGUCUUUUUAAUCUUUAGGGCUCACUCUGGCUUUACUCUAGUUCGCUCUCGUUCUGGGUCAAUAUCACUGUGCAUCAUCAGCAGGCAGCACAUGCAUUGGCUGUAGCCCAAAAUUAUUCAUACCCCUGACAAAUUCUGACUUAAAAGUUACUUUUAUUCAACCAGCAAGUUUUUUUCUUGAUUGGAAAUGACACAGACGUCUCCCAGAAGAUAAUAAGACAAUGUACAAGAGGUAUUAUUGUGGAAAAAAGUAAUUUCUCAGCUUUUAUUUACAUUUGAACGAAAAGUGGCAUGUCCAGAAUUAUUCAUACCCUUCUCAAUAAUCAAUAGAAAAGCCUUUAUUGGCUAUUACAGUAAUCCAAUGCUUCCUAUAAUUGCUGACCAGUUUUUUGAAUGUCUCCACUGAUAUUUUGCCCAGUCAUCUUUAGCGGUGAGCUCCAGUGCUUUCAGAUUGGAGGGUCUCCUUGUCAUCACCUUGAUCUUUAAGUCCCUCAACAGAUUCUCAGUUGGAUUCAAGUCAGGACUCUGGCUGGGCCACUGCAAAAUAGUAAUGUUGAUGUCUAAUAACCAUUUCUUCACCACUUUUGCAGUGUGCUUUAGCUCAUUGUCGUGCUGAAAUGUCCACUGGUUCAAGUCCAAGUCCAAGUUCCUCUGCAGGCUGCUUGAUGUUGUUGUUGAGAAUUUUGAUCUAUUGCUCUUUGUUCAUGGUGCUGUUUACUGUGAUUAGACUCCCAUUGGCUGAAAAAGCAUCUCCAAAGCAUUCGUUUCCCACCAUCAUGUUUGACAGUGGGGACGGUGUUCUUAGUUUUGAAGGCUUCUCCUUUUUUACACCAAAUCAUCAAUACAUCAUUGUGGCCAAAUAAUACCAUUUUUGUUUCGUCUGACCAUAAAACAAAAGACCAGAAGUCUUCUUCUUUGCCCAGAUGAGCAUUUGCAAAGACUAAACAGGCUUUUGUGUGCCUUAUCUGGAGAAGUGGCAUCCUCCAUGGUCUAUGUCUGUGGAACCCAGUAGUAUGUAGUGUCUGUUGGAUUAUCUGGCUUGAGAUAUUGCCACCAGCAGAGCCCAGAUUCACCUGGAUGGCCUUGGUGGUGAUCUGUGACCUCUAACUAUCCCCCUGACCAGCACAGAUCACAGGUGUCACGUUUGGCUUCCGACCACAUCUUGUGAGAUUUUCCACAGUGUGGAAUGUCUUGUAUUUUUAAAAAUAAUUCUUUGCACUAUCGCCACUGAAACUUGAAAAUGUUUAGAUAUGGCCUUAUAGCCAGAGCUCCUUUGUCUUAGCCAUGACUGUUCACAAACCAACUGCAAAGAACUGCUGUUUUUCACCUGUUCGGUUGCUUAAAACAGCUCUUCCCAAUGAAUCAGGGUAAUCAGGAAGUUUUAGAACAGCUUGUGCUGUUUGGAAUGGUAUAGAACUUUGCAUUUUUCCAUAGACUCUGACAGUUUACAAAGGGUAUGAAUAAUUCUGGACAUGCCACUUUUUGUUCAAAUGUAAAUAAAAGUCGAGAAAUAUUUUUUUUUCCACAAUAAUGCCUCUUGUACAUUGUCUUAUUAUCUUCUGGGAGAUGCCUGUGUCAGUUCCAAUCAAGAAAAAACUUGCUGGUUGAAUAAUAACUUGAAGUCAAAAUUUGUCAGGGGUAUGAAUCAUUUUGGGCUUGACUGUAUGUGCUGAAGGAUUACACCUGCCACUAAGCUCGGCCCAUUGCCUCCAUCAUGCUGGAACUCUGCAAUAUGGAUCAUUUAAGCAUCUACUUUCCUAGCUAUUACUUUUACUUUCUUGAUGAUCUGUUACUGUAAUAUACUCAGCGCAAAAACCCUAUACAAAGCUUUUUUCUUGAGAGCCCCAUGUAGAUCCAAACCUCCAGGUUGAGGACCACUGCUUUAAUACACACAAAAAAUGUACGCACAAAACCCAAAACAUGCUACAUAGGUCUCUAUAAAACAGUUGAUAGACAUGGUCAGUUAAAUACAAUCAAUUCAAUCAUUGUGUCCUUAGGCAAGACACUUCACCCACAUUGCCUGUUAUGAAAGUGGUGUGUGUGUGAGUGAUGGUGGUGGUCGGAGGGACCGAUGGCGCCGAGUGGCAUGGCAGCUGCGCUUCUGUCAGUGUGCCCCAGGGAAGCUGUGGCUACAGCAGUAGUUUACCAUCACCAGGGUAUAGAGUGAAUGAAUAAUGCUGUAUGAAUGAAUGCUGAAUGAAUAAUGCUGAAUAAUGCUGUGUAAAGCGUCUUUGGGGACAGAAAAUGUCUGUGAAAGCGCUAUAUAAAUAAAGACUUUACUUACAAAAUAUGUACACACAAAAAUGUAUACAUAAAAUGUACGCACAAAAAUGUAUGCAUAAAAUGUAUGCAUAAAAUGUAUGCACAAAAAUGUAUGCAUAAAAUGUACGCACAAAAAUGUAUGCAUAAAAUGUCCUCAGGAAAAAGUUUACAAAUGUCCUAGAGGAGGCAUAUACUCAGGUCUUUUUAGUUUUUUCUUGGCUCCUGGGUGACACACAUAAACUGUAUAAAGAAGUGGACUAAGCGAGUGUGACGUCACCCUCAAUGUUUGGCUCUUCUCAAAUGAAGCUCGUGAUCCUAGCGGUUAUAGUGGAGAAUUUGGCUCCGUAUUAGGAAUAGGACUUUAUUAACGGACAAAACAGCAAAAUAAAAACACCAGGAUGCAGUGUUAAUACGCACAUUUUAAGACUAAAAUGACAAGGCUCACUACAGCAGUUACACACAGAGACAAUAUUCCAAUGUCAGUUGGAGCCAGGGUCAGUAGGAGCUGGAAGCGCCCCCAUGCUCACUUCCUGUUUGGGGCAUGGUAGCUAGCGCGUGAGCUAUGUCCAUCUCUAUAUACAGUCUAUGGUGACAUAUCUGAGCAAACCAUCCAUCACUUACUCCUCUGGAGUCUGAACAAAGUUUACAUGGGGUGGUGGCUGAGCUUUGGGACAGUUUGUUUUGUUUAUUAAAAUUUAUUUCAUUAUAUUAAACAAA